UUGUCUUGAAUCCGGCCGCGGGGAAGUAAAACUGCGAACUCUGAGAUCUCUCUCUCUCUCCCUCGCUCCUCUUACUCUUUCUCUCUCUUUCUCUGUGUCGCUCCCCCCAAGUCGAGGCGGGGUAGAAAUAAUCGAAUCGCGAAUCCAAUCUGGUCUUAAUCGAAUACAGUGUUUUUAAUGAGUAAAUGAUGAGAUCGUCUUACCCUCUUAUGCUCUAGUGAGGUUGAUCGUCUGAAAACAUCAACUUGACAUUGCAUACAUCAGAGAGCAAAUCUCAGUGAAUAUCAACGAAGUUAGCUCCCUACAUACAAUUUAAAGGGGAAAUGGAACCCAAGUCUAUGUCAGUCGGAAAGAGGGAUACUGUAAGGCUGGGGAAGGAAAGCCAGUUGGAAGAGCCCUUCUGCUCACAUGUGGAGAAGGAUGAGAACAGAUUCUUAGGAACUCAAGAUGAGCAAUCUCUUGUUUUGGAGAAAGAAGGGGAGGCAAGCGGCAUGGGUUUAUCAAAAGAAGCGCCAGUUUCUACUGAGGACAAUAAAGGAACUACCGGGGUCUACAGAUACAGCACCAAAAAACAUAAAUUUGUAUCUUCGACUAUACAAGGAUUUGAUGUCCAAAGGAAGGAUAAGGCUCGAGAAAGAAGGCUCAAUCGGCAGGAAAGAAUUGAGCUUGGCCGAAAGUUUCAAGAGGCUGUGAGCAUUUUUGACUGGGAUGUUGCACAGAGACUCAUUAUGGGGGUGGACAUACAAAUACUCAAUGAUGCACUUUGCAUUGCUCUGGAUUCAAUCUGGUUCUUGAGCACUAGACAGGAGCUAAAUGAGAUCACUCGGCUCAUAAAUUUGAUAAUCUCUAAUGGUGCUCAUGACUUCACUAGGGCGGUUUUACGGACAUCCUUUCUUGCAUCUUGUGUGUCUGCUUGCAAAAGCAGUAAAAUGAGUUCUUUAGAUACUCAGGCCAUUAUGGCCCAUAGGUUGCAUGAACGGCUUCAAGAGUGCAGUGGUGAUGAGAUUUUGAAAGCAGAAGCAAGUGUUAAAGUUCAAAAGUUUACAGAAUGGGCUAUGAGAUGCAUUGGUAUCCAUUCUCGUGGGCAAGACAGUGUAAAUAAUGGGGAAUGCAAAUCACAUUUUGAGAUUCAGAUCCAGUUGUCAGCAUUCAGAAGCUUUCUAGACCUUGCAGGGGAUCAGCUCACUGGAAAGGACUUCACCGAGGCUUUUGAUGCAGCUUGUUUCCCGCUUACUCUGUUCUCAAGUUCAUUUGAAACAGGCUGGGCUUCUACAACCUCGGCAGCCACGGUGAGAGGAAUGCUGGGAAUGUUGGUUGAGGGUGGUGCAGAUAAUGUCAACCAUUGCUUAUUAGAAGCCUCUCGUUUUGGUAGCACAGAGCUAGUUCAAAUUUUGUUGCAGAUUGCCGAAAGAAACAACUUGGAUGUGGAUAUUGAUCUCGCACUAGGCUUUGCUUCUUACUACUGUAAGAUUGGAACCAUGGAAUGCCUGGUAGAAGAGGGUCAUGCAUCCGCAUUUCUUGCUCCCUUAAUGAAGGCAGCAGAGAGAGGCUGCAAGCCUGUUGUCGAAUGGUUUAUCAACCAUGGAUGCACUGACAUGGAGCUCUGCCUGGCCUUAACUGCUGCAACUUCCAACAGCCAGGUUGACAUUGCUGCUUACCUUCUUCCUUAUGUGCCCCUGAAUGUACUUUCCACCCUAAGCAUAGAAAUACUCAAGAAGACGGCCGAGAGGGGCAGCGGUUCGCUUGACGGAGUAGCUUUCCUCCUCCGUUCUAACUUCCUUGGUGAUCCUAUUGCAACCUAUGCUGUUGCGGAUGACUUGGCUACAUCAGAUGAUGCUGGAGCAGAAUCGAUGGAGCUCAGUGCCUAUCUGAGGGAAUAUUGGUCAGAAGCUGCAUUUACUGAAGGUAUGAGAUUAGGGCAGGAACAUUAUUUGAACUUCUCACGAGUCCUAAGACGAGGCGAGUCGCCAAUUUGCUUGAGCGACUUGCCAGCGCCGCUAUCAGCGGCGAUCGCCUUCCUUCCCCUCUAUAGGGAAUGUCUAAAGGCCGGCGGACCAUUGCUGCCGCAAAAGUUGAGAGGGGAGCUUGUGGAAGCUGUUAGGAGGCUUCAAGGACUACCAUUUGCCAAUGCUGGGAAUUAUGGUUCUGAGCUUGUGGAAGUUUUGGAGCGAAAUCUGCCUUCAUUCUUACUUCCUGUUCGAUGCAUUGGUCAUUGAAGGUACCUGCUUUGACCAAGAGUGUAUUGUAUCAAAGAACAGCAUAGUUUUUUCAACGGUUCUUUGAUCCAUUAUUUUAUUAGUUUAUGGUGCGACUGUUCCAGUGUUGUUGAGAGCUUUAGAUGCUAACAUUCUUGUGUGUUUGUGUCUCUCUCGCCCUCUCUAUAUAUGUAUAUGUAUGUGAAGAUUUUGCUUGUUGCAUAUGUAAAUGUUUUGAAGAGCUAAUUGAAUAACGGUCGUGGAGAUUUUGUGCGUCAACAAUCCA